AGACACGCCCCUCACCCCGCCCGUCCUGCCCGCACCCGCACGCGCAGCCUCUUUAUAACCGGGACAGGGAGGGAGCGCGAGACCACCGCAAUCUGAACUGCAGCGCUCGAGCCCGGAGGAUAACGGAACGCUCGCGAGGAAACCUGAAGAUGGAGAUGUAUCAGGCUGGUUACUACACUGAGGACUUCAGGACUCAGGAGGUUCCUGCUGGAUUUGAUUUCAGUUCUUAUGACUACAAUGGUGAAGACCUGUCCUUUUUGUUAGACAGCAAAGGAGCGGGCCAGUCGCAGUACACGGACACGUACGCAGAACCGCACAAGGAGCACGUGAUCGCCUCCAAAGUUCACGCUACUGAUUCUGGAUUAUUCAAUCUGGACACUUUCCCAGAGUUUAGCAGCUGGACGUCAUACACUAACGUUCCGGACAGUAUGGUGAUAGACAGACAGACAGGAGGUUUUCAGGAUUCAGCCACUCAGACGUAUCAGAGUCUGUUUCCGCCAUGUCCGUCGUCCCAGAGCGGCCCGUUCGGCUCGGCCGUGGACGCCAGCGGACUUUACCAACCCGCCAAAGAGCUCAGUCACAGAGCGGCGUCUGGCUUAGAGCACGCAGGUGAUGCAGAGAGAACCUACGGUUUAUACGAGACGGAAGCGCAAAGCAAACCCGUGCCGUACUGGACGGAUUAUUCCUCAUCGGCUUACUGCAGCCAGCUGCUCGCUCAUCCUCCGUCAUCCUCGUCUCCGGCGCCUCUCACCUCCGAGACGUUUUCUCCUCGUGUGGUGAAGAGACGCACCACGACGUCUCAGAGAUUAGACAGAGAUGGCGAGGUGUCUCCGGGGAUGUCCGCUUACCCAGGAUCAGGACCCAUUCAGCUGUGGCAGUUCCUCCUGGAGCUUCUCUUAGACUCGGCGUGUCACACCUUCAUCACCUGGACCGGCGACGGCUGGGAAUUCAAAAUGUCCGACCCCGCGGAGGUGGCUAAACGAUGGGGUCAGUGCAAGAACAAACCAAAAAUGAACUACGAGAAGCUGAGCCGCGGCCUGCGCUACUACUACCACAAGAACAUCAUCCACAAAACGGCCGGCAAGCGCUACGUCUACCGAUUCGUCUGCGACGUGCAGAGCAUGCUCGGGAAAAGCGCUCAGGAAGUUCUGGCCAGUAUGAACAUCUCACCGGCGAACGCAGGAUCGCAGACGCCGGCAAACUCCGAGGAGACGGCAGACGUCUGGCAACAUUAGCGAACUUUAGCUAGUGAAAGGAGGCGUUCCAAAAUACAUCCACGUUUCAACACGUCCUCGUCGACUUCUUCUGGAAGUGAAGUACAUCCCAUGAGCACUUGCAGCACAAGUGGACGAGGUUUUGAUGCUAACAUGCUGGCUUGCUGACUAGCUAGUGCGCUAAUUAGAUCAGUACUUUAUCGCUCACACUUAUACACACCUUCGUCCACCGAUUUGGAAAGUAAACUCCAGCGUUGCCUUCUGGAUGAUUCUACAGGCAAGUGGACACAACCAAGAGGAAGUGGACAAGGGGGAGACAAAAACAUUAUUGGAACACAGCCUUAUUUAAGGACUCAUUUUCCGGCUUCUACAGAGUCAGAUGUGAGAUACAGCACAAAUCUUCUCUCUUCUAAAUGGAGAACUUUAAUCUGUAGAUGGUGGGUUGCUACGGAGACGUCUGUUUCCACUAUAAAGUGUAGAAAUAAUCAUUAAGAACUUUAUAUUUGCUCUUUUUACUCGGACUCUAUAAGGACAUAAAUGAGGACGUUUAUGUGUCCACUGAACCUGCGUCCUUAAGUAAUCAAUGCAAUUUUUUUUAAACAUAUCUACUUUAUAUAUUAAUGUGGUUAGCUACCUCUUUUAAGCAUCAAAACACCAACAAAUGAUGUACUUCGAAUGAUGUGAUUAGUUUGUAUCACCAUCCGAUUGUGAAUUAGUGUAAAUAAAUUGUUAUAUAAAGUCUUUUUUUUGUUUAUUUAUUCAUUUGUUUAAGUCUCGACCUUUGACAUUUUGGAAAAAGUCCACAAAUUGAAAAAGAGGUGCUUAAGGGGUAAUUUGCUAAAAAAAAAGGGAAAAUAAUGCAUUAGCAUAUAACAUUGUAUAUAUGUUUUUUAAAACAAUAAAUAAAAAUUGUUCUGAAAUAUGA